UCCACGUAUACUUAUUCUCUCCAAGUGCAUUUUUGGCUCGGCACGCACUUCUUUUCUUUUUUUUUCCGUUCAAUAAUAUAUAUUAGACUGUGAUACCGGAAGACUUUCAAUAAAUCAUCGAUCCAAGAAUCUCUCCGGCAACAUGAAAUUAUUUAUCGUUCUGGCCCUGUUCGUCAUUUCGGUCUCCACGCACGAUAUUAAGCUUAAGCAAGUGAAGUGUCUGGUUUGCAGAACCAUCACAGAUGAAUUUUUGCACAAAGUCGGUCUAAUCGAUCCUCAAAAGAAAAUUGAAGUUGGAAAUUACAACAUAGACUCGGAAGGAAAUAUAGAGCACAAAACGACUCAACAGUCCACUUCAGAAAUAUAUCUCUCUGGUGUACUUGACGAGAUAUGUAAAAUCAUGGAUGAUUAUGUUAGAGCCACGUACAAGUCAAAUGGUAAAUUGACUCUAAUGAAACUUAUGACUGAUGAUGGUAAACUCAAUCCGAUAAUGAGUGACGUGGAUAUCGUACAAGACGAUGAUUUAAACAAAAGUCUUAAGUACUACUGCGACGAAAUCAUCAACGAAACUGAAUACGAUCUUAUUGAUUACGUGAAAAAUAAGAUAGAGAAAAAACUGAAAAAGGACGGCAUUUGUACCGAAUUCUGCAAGGAAUUUUCAGAUAACAUGGAAGUUCCAGAAACGGAUGAUGAUGAAUUUGAAAAAACUGAGCUAUAAUUGUCGGACAAUAAGAUAUACUUUUACUCUUUUCAGUACUUACGUGAAAUUAAAAUAAUACAAUUUUGCUGAAAAAUGUACAAUAACGUUUAUUUCAAAAAUAUUCUUUAAUUGCUUUUUACAAAAAUCACGUUUUGAGCUCACAGAGUUGUUCGUUAUAUAUACAUAUACUAGCAAAUCAAUAUAUUACAUAAAAAAUUAUUAUAUUACAAUUGUUGGUCAAAAAGAUGU